AUGCGCCGUCUGAUGCCUGCUCCUUUCGGCCCUGCUCGAGCCGUGAGAACCUUCGUCAUUGUCCUGGCCGGAUUCAUCGUGACCUGGUGCCUGUGGAGCAGUGAUGCCGGUCCUGGUGUCUACGACCUGGGGCCAGCGGGCAAUGGAGGCAGCGACACUGGCAGCUUAGCCGCCGUAGAGGCCGUCUGUAAGGCACAUGGCUGGCGACCGUUUGUCUCCCGGCCUGUCCACGGUUCCCCAGGACGACCGCGCAGAAUUUACGAUUUGUGCAUGGUCAACGCCGAGCUGGACUGGCUCGAGAUCCGCCUCAACACCACGUUCCAUGAGGUUGACUACUUUGUCAUUGUCGAGGGCGCCAAGACGUUUACAGGGCUCGACAAGCCACUGACCAUCCGCGACAACUGGGGCCGCUUCGCGCCCUACCACCAAAAGAUGCUCUACCACGAGCUGCAGUACCCAGCCAACUUCAAUCCACAGCGCGCUUGGGACCGCGAGGACCUGCAACGCAAUGCCAUGUUCUUACAGGUCCUGGGUCCUGGUGCCACGGUGGCGAGCCGCGAUACGAGGUUUGACCACAGCACACCCGGCGGCGGCACGCCAGUCGAUGCCCUCCCGGGUCAGCACGAUGUUCUCGUGGUCGCCGACGUCGACGAAAUCCCUCGCCCCGAGACGCUGCGCGCCCUUCGCCUCUGCCAGUUCCCGCGCCGUCUGACGCUGCGGAGCCAGUUCUACUACUACAGCUUCCAGUUCCGCCACCAGGGCCCCGAGUGGCCGCAUCCACAGGCCACCUUUUACGACGGGCCCGGCAAUACCGUACUGCCCGUCAACUUGCGCAACGGCGACGGCCGCCGUGGCGGUGACGCCACGAGCAUGCUCGGCCGCGUGUUUCAGCUGAUUUUUUCACCCUUUACUGCCUUGGCGCGCUACCGGGACACGGCCGACAUGCCCAACGCCGGUUGGCACUGUUCGUCGUGCUACGCCACCAUGGGUGAGCUCAUGCACAAGCUCGAGAGCGUGUCGCACGUGUGGAUGAACCACGAGUUCUUCCGCAACCGCGAGCGCGCCGCGCACCAUGUGCGCCUCGGCCUGGACCUGUGGGACCGUAAGUCCGAGGUAUACGACCGCAUUGCGAACAACACAGACGUGCCCAGCUUCUUGCUGGAGCAGCCCGACCGCUACCGCUACCUGAUGAACCGCGACGGCGAGUCGGCCGGCUUCGCCGACUACCCGCCAUAA